AUGGGUGCCAUGAUCUUGAAUGGCUUGGGUACAUCAGCAUAUCGGGCUGUAAUUCAAUUAACCAUAUUUAACAUGUUUUUUGUUCAUGAACGUGGCAGAAUGCUUGCAGUUUAUCUGUUCGGGCAACAACUUGGGUCCAUCUCACCGUUCCAUAGUCUUGGUCUCAUCUCUGGAGGUUCCAUCGCCGAUGGCCCUGGAUGGAGAUGGAGUCAGUACAUUGUGGGUAUCAUCGAUGGCGUUGUAAUUUUGCUCCUAUUUUUUUCCUUCGAAGAGACGACUUUCCGCGCUUUCUAUUCUUCUCCACAGGCACGGAUCGAGAUCAAACUAUUGUGCAAACGGCUUCUGGCACGGGUAAGGAAAUUUGAAGAUGUCAAAUACGAGGCUAUCGCACAGUUCCAUUUCGGCAGAAUUACUGUCUUUUCAGAUGAUACGACAAUAUACUGGGACUACUUCAAACGUCCCUUCUUCCUGUGGUCUUUUCCUACAGCUGUCAUUCCGGGGUUCAUCUUCGCUUUUGGAUGCACAGCUGGUAUAGUAUCCUUCAAUACUGUAUCAGAGAUCUUUUCCUCUGAUCUAUAUGACCACUUAUCUACGAUCGUUGGCCUUACUUGUUUCGCAACUCUCAUCGGAUCUACUAUCGGUUACUUCACUGGAGUGUUAUCUGAUCAUAUUGUUAUUUUCCUUGCCCGCCGUGACAAAGGAGUCAAAGAGCCUGAAAUGCGUCUCUGGACCCUUACCGCAAGUUUCGCAUAUGCGACUGUUGGGUAUAUGCUCUAUGGCUGGGGUGCUCAGACUCAGGCAAGCUGGGUGGCAGUUUCGAUUGGCUUGGGAGCUCUAAUUGCUCAGCAAGUGAGCGCCUGCAAAAUCGCCACCGCAUAUGCAAUGGAAUGUUUCCCCGGUCUUGCCGUGUACAGCCCUUUAUCAAUGCUGCAGGAUACGGCUGGACAUUUUGCUUUUUUGGAAUAUGCGUUCUAG